UGACUCCGUGACUGCACGCUUCCUGCAGGCUCUGAUGAUGGCACGGUGCGCUUCUGGGAGGUGAGCACGGCGCGCUGCAUGAAGACCUUGCCCGUGGGCGGCGUGGUGAAGAGCAUCGCCUGGAACCCCAACCCCACCGUCUGCCUGGUGGCCGUCUGCGUGGAGCAGUCGGUGCUGCUGGUGAACCCGUGCCUCGGGGACAAGCUGCUCUAUGGGGCCACUGACCAGGUGCUGGAGUCCUACGUGCCACCAGAGGAGGAGCGUGUACAGCCUGUCCAGUGGGUCACAGCCACCAGCGAGGAGCACAGCAGAGGCAUCCGCCUGACAGUGCAGCACAGCAAGGCCUUGAAGCAGGUGACCUGGCACGGGAAGGGCGAUUACUUCGCCACCGUCGUGGCCGACAACAGCAACAUGCAAGUGCUGAUCCACCAGACCAGCAAGCGCUGGAGCCAGAACCCCUUCCGCAAGAGCAAAGGGUUGGUGCAGUGCGUCCUCUUCCACCCCAUCCGGCCCUAUUUCUUCGUGGCCACGCAGCGCUACGUCCGCGUCUACAACCUCCUCAAGCAGGAGCUCACCAAAAAGCUGAUGGCCAACUGCAAGUGGGUGUCCAGCAUGGCCAUCCACCCCGCAGGUGACAACGUCAUCUGCGGUAGCUACGACAGCAAGCUGGCCUGGUUCGACCUGGACCUCUCCACCCGCCCCUACCAGCUCCUGCGGUGAGCCCCGGCCCCCCAG